AUGGUUCUAAUUUCGUGUCGACAGAGUAAAAAAUUAGCAUUACGCUGGGAUGCUAAUCUUGAAUCAAACUUAUUCAACAAAUUGUGUGAUGAAUUGGUGGGCGAGAUACUUGUAAGACUACCCACAACAGUAGCCGUUCGAUUCCAAGUGGUUUGCAAACGCUGGUAUUCUCUCAUCUCUUCUCCUUACUUUAUUGGCCGCUUUCGUCACCUACGCCACCAACAUAUUCAAUCAACCAGCCUUGUUUUCCGAUUUGCAUAUUCUUGUGACUUCACCUGUGGCUCUGGCUGCCAUCAUUGCCAGCAUUCUCACUUCCAAAUCAUCUCCAACUCCAACUCUUCUAAUUCCUUAUUAAGAAAAGUGUACGGAGAGAGUGCGUUCCAUUUAAGUUAUCUCCCAUGUUCCCCUAUAGACCUUCAAGCACUUCGAUUGGAAGGCUCCUUUGCUGGCUUAGUCUUAUGCUCUUGCAUUACCCCCACCAACACCAACACCAACACCUACAAAACUGAUUAUUAUGUCUCCAAUCCGCUCACCAGAAAAUGGAUUGCUCUCCCUCCAGUUGCCUAUGAUGUGAACGAGUAUGUCUCCAUUGGCUUUAUAUGUGUUCCGUCCCCAGUGGCAUUGGAUACCAAGUUCAUGGUGGUGAGGCUUUGUUCUGGUCGUUAUGAAUUUACGCCUCGUUCUUGCUUUAAAGCCCAAGUCUUUUCUUCGGAGAACUGGCAAUGGAGGACUUUGGUUGUUUCAUCCCUUCUCACCUUGGAGCAGCAGAUAGGGGGCACUCCUCUUGUUGCCUAUAGAGGGAUGCUUCAUUGGCUAAACGCUGAUUGUAUCUUGGUGUAUGAUCUACUAAACACCCCGGAAAGAUUCUCUCGUGUCAUUCAUCUUCCAAUUCAAAUAUCUCCCUCCAAUAUUUACAGAAAUAAUUGCUUUGGAGUAAGCCAAGGUUGUCUUCGUGUGACGGGACUUUCAGGUGAGGACACAGUAAAUCGAGAUCCUGUACUGGAUGUAUGGGAAUUGGAGGACUAUGAUUCUGGGUUGUGGAAUUUGGUUCACAAGGUUCGCCUUAAAAAUCUGAUCCAUUAUGGGUUUCUGGAAAACUUGGAGAAUGAAUUGCCUCAUUGUUUUUUAGUAAUAAGCCUUCAUCCUGAAAAUGGGGAUGUUAUUUAUUUACGGUUACAUACUGGAGUAGUCCUUGUCAACAUGAAAAGCAAAAUAAUAGAGCGAUUCUAUCCAAUGGAUGAUAUGACGGGAUUUUGUUGGGCGGAUGCCUUUCACCUUGUUGACCAGUGGUGGCCAACGGCACUAUCAUUACGGCAUUAA